AUGUGUCACGGUCACCCCAAGAUGCACCCGUGCUCGCACAUGUCGGUCAAGUGGAUGUUCUGCCACAAGGCGCCCUUCGACCCUUCGACGGGCUUCCAGAUCGGGCCCUGCCGGAGCCCCAACUAUUACCCCGUGCAGUCCGUCGGGAAGCACUGCUCGCUGCAGUUCUGCGCCUUCAAGACGCUCGGCGGCGCCUGGUUGUGCUGCCAGUGCGGUCAGGGCCCCAACGAGUUCGGCUGGUGCAGCGCGCCGGCGGCGGAUGGCGGGUGGCCUCUUCCUGAUGCGGAUGCGGCCAUCCCGGGCUGCUGGUCUCCUGAUGCGUUCCCGGGGACGUGUGGGCAUGGGUGUUGCUCGUCGUGUGUGCCUUUUGGUGAGUUGAGAGUCUUUGAUAUCGAGGCAAUCUGUUCCGGUUGUCCUCGAGAGUUCUAA